GAAACUGAGCUGGAAGACAAACAGACAGCAAAGAAUCACUUUAGUCAAUUGAAACACCAAGCCCAGUGCUACUCAAACAUCCUCACAGCAGUGCUUGCGAGAUAAAGUCCUAAACCCUCACAUUGUACAUCUUCUUGGGCUGUUGAAUGCGCCUGUGUUCUUAGGGCCGUUUCCUCAUCGGUCUCUUUAUAGGACUGCAAUGGUCACCUCUGAGGCCUGUUUCUGUGACCAGCUUUCCACCCCUUGCUCUCUCUCCAGGGUCUGGAAUGAUGCUGUUGCCGAAUCCUCAGCUGUUUCUCCCCCUUUGCGAUGGAGUGGGACUGAGUCAGUAGAUAACGGGGAGAAGAGCCAUGUAUGCACCAAAUACAGGAAGCAUUUUGGACACAAUGGGGGCCUUCGUCGAGACCAGCAAGCCCACAGAGAAGAUGGAGGUUCUGCCAGAGAAAGGCCCAACAAAUGCAUUGUAUGUGGGCAAUGUUUUACCCAAAAUGUGGCACUUGUCCUUCACAAGACACUUGAUGUUGGGAAAAGCCAUCUUAAAGGGAAAGUAUCUGCAAAAUGUGUGGUGAAACACAAGAAAUUUCACACAGGUCAGGAACAAUACAGAUGCCAAGAGUGUGGGAAGUGUUUUGCUUCCAGUUCAGCCUUGGUGAGGCUCAAAAGACUCCACACAGGAGAGAAGCCACACCAAUGUCAGGAGUGUGGGAAAUGUUUUGCUGAAAGUUCAGCCUUGUUGAGCCACAAAAGAGUCCACACCAGGGAGAAGCCAUACAAAUGUGAGGAGUGUGGGAAAUGUUCUGCUUCCCAUUCAGACUUGUUGAAGCACAAAAGACUCCACACAGGAGAGAAGCCAUACCAAUGCCAGGAGUGUGGGAAAUGUUUUAUUUGCAGUUCAACCUUGGUGAGCCACAAAAGACUCCACACAGGAGAGAAGCCAUACCAAUGCCAGGAGUGUGGGAAAUGUUUUACUUGCAGUUCAACCUUGGUGAGCCACAAAAGACUCCACACAGGAGAGAAGCCACACCAAUGUCAGGAGUGUGGGAAAUGUUUUGCUGAAAGUUCAGCCUUGUUGAGCCACAAAAGAGUCCACACCAGGGAGAAGCCAUACAAAUGUGAGGAGUGUGGGAAAUGUUCUGUUUCCCAUUCAGACUUGUUGAAGCACAAAAGACUCCAUACAGGAGAGAAGCCAUACAAAUGCCAGGAGUGUGGGAAAUGUUUUGCUGAAAGUUCAGCCUUGGUGAGGCACAAAAGAGUCCACACAGGAGAGAAGCCAUACCAAUGCCAGGAGUGUGGGACAUGUUUUACUUGCAGUUCAACCUUGGUGAGGCACAAAAGACUCCACACAGGAGAGAAGCCAUACCAAUGCCAGGAGUGUGGGAAAUGUUUUGCUUACAGUUCAAACUUGUUGAGCCACAAAAGACUCCACACAGGAGAGAAGCCAUACCAAUGCCAGGAGUGUGGGAAAUGUUUUGCUUUCAGUUCACACUUGGUGAGCCACAAAAGACUCCACACAGGAGAGAAGCCAUACCUAUGCCAGGAGUGUGGGAAAUGUUUUGCUGUCAGUUCACACUUGGCGAGGCACAAAAGAAGCCACACAGGAGAGAAGCCAUAUAAAUGCCAUGAAUGUGGAAAAUGUUUUACUCAGAGUUCAGCCCUUAACCAGCACCAGAGAACACAUACCGGAGAGAAGCCACACCAAUGUCAGGAGUGUGGGAAAUGUUUUGCUGAAAGUUCAGCCUUGUUGAGCCACAAAAGAGUCCACACCAGGGAGAAGCCAUACAAAUGCCAGGAGUGUGGGAAAUGUUUUGCUUUCAGUUCAGCCUUGGUGAGGCACAAAAGAGUCCACACCAGGGAGAAGCCAUACAAAUGCCAGGAGUGUGGGAAAUGUUUUGCUUUCAGUUCAGCCUUGGUGAGGCACAAAAGACUCCACACAGGAGAGAAGCCAUACCAGUGCCAAGAGUGUGGGAAAUGUUUUGCUUUCAGCUCAAACUUGGCGAGCCACAAAAGACUCCACACAGGAGAGAAGCCAUACAAAUGCCAGGAGUGUGGGAAAUGUUUUGCUUUCAGUUCAGCCUUGGUGAGGCACAAAAGAGUCCACACCAGGGAGAAGCCAUACAAAUGCCAGGAGUGUGGGAAAUGUUUUGCUUUCAGUUCAGCCUUGGUGAGGCACAAAAGACUCCACACAGGAGAGAAGCCAUACCAGUGCCAAGAGUGUGGGAAAUGUUUUGCUUUCAGCUCAAACUUGGCGAGCCACAAAAGACUCCACACAGGAGAGAAGCCAUACAAAUGCCAGGAGUGUGGGAAAUGUUUUACUGCCAGUUCAGACUUGGUGAAACACAAAAGACUCCACACAGGAGAGAAGCCAUACCAAUGCCAGGAGUGUGGGAAAUGUUUUACUGCCAGUUCAGACUUGGUGAAACACAAAAGAAGCCACACAGGAGAGAAGCCAUAUAAAUGCCAUGAAUGUGGAAAAUGUUUUACUCAGAGUUCAUCCCUUGACCGGCACCAGAGAAUACAUACUGGCUAAAAAACA